CGCAUUACGAUUCAUCAUACAGAAUCCGUAUGCCAUUUUCAAAGCUUAGCGGCUCUCCAUAAGCUUUCCAACCUUUUUUUCUUCUUUUUUGAAAUUCGAUUUCGAAGAGAAAGAAAUGGAGGGCGCUAGGCUUUUGCAUUUGAUCUGUGUGGUUUGUAUUGCCAGUUUGAUUCCAGCCAUUAGAUCCAACAUUGCAGAACUGGACGAGUAUUGGCAACAACGCUCCGAGGAAGCUGAGAAGCACUCCCUCGCGGCUUACCAUUCCGACCCUUUUGAGAUCGUCGACCACUUCCACGAACGCCAUUACGACAACUCAACGGACAUCGAGACAGAGAGGCAGGAUGAUCAAGAGGAGGAGGACUCGAUCGCCAUGUUAACCGGCUCGAUCAACAGCACAAGAAGGAGCUUGAGAGGAGGCCGGAGAGGACGAGGGAAAUGGAGCAAGCUGAAAGGACCUUGCAGUGCAAGCAACCCAAUCGACAAGUGCUGGCGCUGCAUGCCGGACUGGGCCAGACGCCGGCAGAAGCUCGCGGAUUGUGUCCGCGGCUUCGGAUACAAAACCACCGGAGGAAAGCUCGGACGCAUCUACGUCGUCACAAGCAACCUGGACAACGACCUCAUCAACCCUAGACCAGGAACCCUACGUCAUGCCGUGAUCCAGAAGGAACCUCUAUGGAUCAUCUUCAAGAACGACAUGAACAUAAGGCUGCAGCAGGAGCUCAUGAUCAACAGCCACAAGACCAUCGAUGCUCGUGGUGCAAACGUUCACAUCGCUUAUGGAGCUGGUAUCACCAUGCAAUUCGUCACCAACAUCAUCAUCCAUGGUCUUCACAUCCAUCACAUUGUCUCCAGCAACGGCGGUAUGAUCAGGGAUUCCGUUGAUCAUUAUGGGUUCAGGACAAGGGCUGAUGGCGACGGCCUCUCCAUCUUCGGGGCCAGCAACAUCUGGAUUGACCAUGUCUCCAUGUCCAGAUGCCAAGAUGGACUCAUUGACGCCAUUGAUGGUUCCACAGGCAUCACCAUCUCCAACUCCCACUUCACCCACCACAACGACGUGAUGUUGCUGGGUGCACACAAUGUGAUAGACAAGGACAAGAGGAUGCAAGUUACAGUGGCAUACAACCACUUUGGGAAAGGGCUGGUGCAGAGGAUGCCACGUGUCAGAUGGGGAUUCGUCCAUGUUGUCAACAAUGACUACACUCACUGGGAGCUUUACGCCAUCGGUGGAAGCCAAAGCCCAACCAUUCUCAGCCACGGCAACCGUUUCAUCGCUCCACCUCAUAUUCCCCAGUAUAAGGAGGUGACGAAGAGGGACUAUGCGCCUGAGGCCGAGUGGAAGAACUGGAACUGGAGAUCAGAGAGGGACAUUUUCAUGAACGGAGCCUUCUUUAGACAAUCUGGUAACCCUAACUUCAGGUGCACGCACACAAGGCAACAGAUGAUAAAGCCCAAGCACGGCUUGGCGGUCUCCAUGCUAACCAAGUAUGCCGGAGCAUUGGACUGCAAGGUUGGCAGACCUUGCUAAAUCUACCUGCUACUCAUUUCAUGCCUUUUUUUAGGAUGAUACUGGUUGGUCAUGAAAACAUGAAAAAAAAAUGUCUGAUUAGAGAGGGUACUUGUUUCAAGAAAAACGAGGAAAAAAAAGGAAUGUGCCAAGAGAUUCUAAUACUUUGAUUCUAAUCCAUUGUUGAUUCUUCACUGCAUUUUGUUGGUGUUUUUGUUUUGUUUUGUUUCUUAAUAUUCAAACAUUAUGUUUAAGAAGAAAUACUACUUGGUAAUC